AUUCCAGCUGUAAUCUGGUGUGCGAGAAAAACUUUUAUUGACAUUUUAAGCUGUACAUUUUGAGCUGAACUUUGUGUCGAAGUGUCUACUAAAAAUUUCUAUUUUGGCUACAAAAUCGAGUUAUCAAUUAAUUCGUGGUCAUCAGAAUGGCCAAUAUAGAAAUUUGACCGAGGAACAUUUUUCAAACAAAAUGGAGUCUUUUUGGGAUGAUGAUUACAAACACAUCAAUAAAACGUCGUCUACAAUUGUGUGACCUUAAACACACAACAAUACGAAUUUCGAUUUUAUUCGCGUAACCUUGCGUGAAAACGUGCUAAUUUUACUUGCGAUAAAAUCCGUAACAUUGCCGUAAACAAUCAAAAUGGACCAAUUACAGUGUCCAGUAUGCACACUAUUCCUACAUGUGGGCAUGGACCUGCAAUCCCAUCUGGACACCCAUCCGAAAGAUCAAGUGAUCAAAGCAUUGGUAAACAUAACAAUGACAAAACAAGUCACCGAUCCAAAUUCGACAUCAGACCCACAGCACAGCAAAUAUGCACCGAUUGCAGAAAAUGCUUUUACUCAGGAAGUGAAUCAAUUUUUACCGGAACCGAUUCCCCGUCGACCACAACAAGUUUUAUUUGGUUACAGUUGUAGUACUCGCGUAUUCCGAGAGGUUCCCACCCAACAAUCCACGACAACACAAAAAUUUGUCACAAAUGCAUUACCCGGCAGUCAUAUUGUUCCGGCCAUCGCAACACAGGCAUCGUUUGCAGGUCAACAAAGUCAAAAAUUCCCACCACCUCCAUAUGGAUCAAUUGUAGCGAAACGUGCCAUCGAACCACCCGUUCAAGCACUUUCAUCGACCAAUACAUACAAAUUGACGUCGCAUCAAGUCGGUAUAAGUAGUCAACGAAAUGGUACCCUCUAUCUUCCAGUGGAAAAUGUCGAUGAAGUGGAAGCGGUUGGUGAAGAGCACAUCGACGACGAUUACACACAGCAGGCUGAUCCAAAUAUCGAGUACAUUGAACACGCUGACGAGUAUUUGGAAGACGAUGGCGAGAAUCAGGAUGACUGCGCCACAUACGAGAAUGAGAACGUGGAUCCGUUGCAAGACAAUCGAAUAAUUCGACCGAAUUCGGUCAUUUACAUCAAUGACGAUGAGCCCAUCGAUGUCAAGCCCGAUGCACACAAUCAGAAAAAAUUCACUGAAGGCCUAAGGGUACUGAGUGACGUAAAGUUGCCAGCUCCAGUGGAUAUAACCAAUUUGGAUUGUAAAUUCGGCGAAUCGUUCAAAUUGGACGAUGUGUUGUGUACACGGCUGCAAACGGAUAGUGGUCCCAUCGAAGUGGAUGAAAAUACGGACGAUGAAAGUGAACCGGUUGUGGUUGGUGUUAGUAACAGUGAAUUUGAAAUGUUGGGCAGUGUUGUGGAUGUUAAGCCGAAAUUUGACACGGCAGUGAAAUGUGAAAUUGAUGUUGCAAUGACGAUAAAAAGUGAACUCGAAGGAGACAAACAAUCGUACCAGAAUGCCGAUGAGGUGAUCCACGAGAAAGAAAUCUUAAAUGCCAAUCGCAGUAUUAUUGUCCUACCAAAAUCUCCAUUGCCUACAACCAGUUACAGAACGUUAGCGAAGCCUUUUAAUUCGUCCGAAACGUCAUCACCUUCACCUCGUCCCGAACAAAACUCUAGCUUAAGUUCAAACGAUGCAUCAAAAGCGGAAUGUACAGCUGGCAAACAAUCAUCAAGCAAAGGCCUUACUCCACCUCAAUCGCCAGAGCCAAAUCCAUGCGAGAUCAGAAUAUCAAAUGUGACGUCGAUUGGCAAAACUAGUGUCAUUCGAUUAGCAUCGCCAAAAAAACCGUCUAUACCCGAAACGAACCCGAGACCACUGCUGAAAACGCCGUUCUCCAAGCAGCCAAAGAAGAUAGUGGUGAAAUUCAAGAAACCUUUCGUUCCAGUCGUCGAGGAAGACGCCAAUCUUCAACCACCCGAAAUAAUUGUUCCGUCGUCACAUGAUGCGGUUUCGAAAGCCGCUGAAAAUGACAGUUCGGAACAAUCGACUUCGAAAGUCGAUGAACCCGCUGACCAAACCAAUCAUCCGUUCAGUCCUUUGCGACAAACAUUUACACCACCUCCACCAAUUUAUUCAUUGAUAAUAAGGAAUAGAGACGGCGAUACGAAUGUCGAGGAGAUAGCUACAUCUAUUGUGGAUUUAUGUACAAAAGAAUCAACAUCAAAUGUCGAUGAAAUCGCAGAAUCGAGUGAUUCGGUUGAAACCCCGACCACUGAGAAGGUAGCGAACGAGGACGACAUGGACAUUGAUGUCACUGUAAUUAACUCACACAAAGGUGAUAGCGAAAUCUUUACAAUUGAGUUCAAAGACGACGAAAACGACAUUACCGAAUCCAAAGUUGACCUCGAUGUCGUGCAAGUGAAAAUUGACCAUGAUGCUAUUCAAGUGAAUCCAAAACCGAUUUAUCGAGACGAUGAAUCCAUUCUACCCGACUGUAAGGACAUUGUCGUUCUUCCCGAAUCGUCCAGUACUGACUUGUCAUCGUCAUCCUCGCAGCCGACCACAUCAUCACAAACGCAAAACAACUUCAACGAAGCCGGCCCCAGUCGCAUCGAUUACGGCCUGUCGUCGUUUGAGGACUUUUAUUCCAGCGUACGACUCUCACCGAUUAACUUUACACCGGAAAACUAUGCCUGGAAUCAGCAAUAUGUUCCGUUCGACAAUGAGAAAAAUUCGUACAUGGACUUGGACGUGUACAAAAAUACCAAUUCUUAUGAGGAACGGGCGCCAUCCACGGACAGUUUGAACAUUCGAACGGAUGAAAAGAUGCCGGCCAAAGGGGAAAUAUCCGAGCAAGAAAGCAAUGGUGACGUCGAGGGGUCGUCGUGGAGCCAUCAGAUGUAUCCGCUACAAGACACGUUUCCACGAUAUCCGAGUUCCUAUGACACAACUGUUGCCAGAGAGAGUUGGAGCUUGAGUAACGAUCAAAAUUUGCCGAACAAUUCGGAUAGUCCGGUGGUUUUGCCGAAAUUCACAUCAUUGGAAUCGGCGUACACCGAUGUGAAGGGAACCUCUUCCGAAAAUGGUUUAACGAUUGACAAGUCAAAGCAAUUUCGUACGCGCAAAAAAUACCGCUGCCCCGAAUGUCCGAAAGUGUUCACAAUGCUCAAGGACAAACGGAUUCAUUUAGUAGCCGAUCAUGAUUAUCAAAUUCCAUGCCGGACGAAGAGCAAAAUAACAUGCACGUCGACGAGCGUAACGGCUAGCACCAGCAUUAGUACAAUAACGAGCGGUAGUAAUUCGUUGACGGAAAUUGACUUUAAGAUCAAACAAGAGAAUCCACUCAAUCGCGACAUGCCCGAAAGCAUGAAUCGUUACUUGUUGAACUACAAUUACAACAUAUUGCGGGACCGAUUGUCCAAUGAUAUAAAAACAGAGCCGGUCGUUGAGGAUGCGCCGACAGUCGAUGCCAAUUGUUAUCAGUGUAUGGUUUGCAAGGAGCAAUUUUUCACUAUCAAAUCUUAUGAUGCCCAUAUGUCCAUUCAUCCUGCUGAAUGCUAUACGUGUGGCAAGUUCUUCAAUCACUGGCUGAAUUUGAGCAUACAUCUGAAGCGGCAUUUGAAUAUACGAGAUUAUUGGUGCACGUACUGCAAUAAGAAAUUUGUGGUACGACAAAAUCUGCUCGAUCACAUGAAUACACAUUCUGGAGAAGCUCCCUUACAGUGCAAAAUUUGCUCGAAGCGGUUCCGGCGAUAUUCGAAUCUGAUUCAGCAUCGCAACCGUCACCACCUAAAAAUUCGACCGAAAGAAAAGGAUUUCAUUUGUUCGUGCGGCGAAGUAUUCCACUCUGAAGCGAAAAUAGCCUGGCACCGUGAGACGCACGAUAAAAAACCGAAAUGUUGUCCGUAUUGUCGAGAGCGAUUCAUGCACAAAAACAGUUUGUCGCGUCACGUGCGACUGUCGCAUCCCGACAAGUUCGGUAUAUUCAAAGAGAACGCCGUCGAAUGUAUGAUCUGCAAUAAGAAAUAUUUGAAAUCGAGCCUGAAGGCGCACAUGGUACUGCAUACAAAGAAACGCGAAUUCGAGUGUAGCAUAUGCAACAAGAGCUUCACAUCGAAAUGGAAUUUAAAGCAACACAAAUGGAUCCAUGCGAGUCGCUCGUCAAAGCCAUUUAAAUGUAACCUAUGUACAAAAGCAUUUAUCCGGGAAUCGGAGUACGUGUCACAUAUGAAUACGCAUAAGGCGAUCAAACCGUAUACGUGCGAUCAUUGCGGUUGCCAGUUCGCUCGAAAGUACAAUUGGCUGCGACAUGCACGCGAACACGAAACGCCGAAACGGUAUCGUUGCGACGAUUGCGGUAAAGUAUUCCAUCGCGCCUAUUACCUCACCGAACACAAACGGUCACAUACGGGAGAGAGACCGUUCGAAUGCAUCAUCUGUGGUAAGACGUCAACAACAAAAACGAAUCACAACAAACAUGUCAAAAUUCAUCACGCCCGAGAUCCACUAACCGCUGAAGGAUAGAAACGGAGCCGCACACAACAUUGUCAGAUUUUUUACGUUAAAUUUUUACAAAAAAAAAAAAAAAAAUCGAGUAGCCGAAUGAAGCGACUUGACUGGAAAUGAAAUUGGAAUGAGUUGAAGCCAAGAAGAACACUUCGUCGAUUGUUGACUGGCAUUCCAUUUAAUGGUUGAAAUGAUUCUUAUUCUUAAUUUAUUCAAUUCGUUCAAUGUUGCUGUGCAGUGUACACCAAAGGGAUAAUUAGAAAGAUGACCAAAUUUCAUAUUCAACAUUCGACUUUUAGUAUUGCUGGAUCUCCACCGAUGUGAUAAGCCGUUGCCGGUUUUACAAGAUCCUAAUUUACGCCGUUUUGAGGCCAAAAGUUUUCGUCCAUUGUUUUCGCCAGACUAAUAAAACAAUAUCUCUUCUGAAGUUAAAUGUAGACUCAGCGUCAAAGUGAGUCAUAACAAAGCUCUACUGUUAGGACCUAGAAGGUUUGACCUGAUCUGAAAUUUUAUUUUCAACAAACCCGAGUAAACUUAGUCAGCUUCAGAAAACCUUCUUGAAAAUGACAAUGAACCUAAUGCAUCUGACCCAGCACAAUAGGUUCCAUACUAAAUCAGGAGAAGGCCAAGUCAGGCAAAGAACGUUGUCCAUGUCUCCACUUUUCAUUUGGAUCAAAUUUGAUAGAUUUCACAAACUCUACACUUGUCGAGAAGACAGUUACCAAAGCAGGUUGUUCAGAAGCGCAGAAUCCAGUUUUCUAGCAUCACAAGAUUGUUACCGAAUUAAUGAGUUACUUAGCAACAUCCAAUGUACUCUGGUUUUUCCUGCCGUAUGCGAAAGUUUAAUAUCAGGAGUGGGCGUAAAAUAGAUCAUUUUCGCAGGGCCUAUGCAAUGGUCAACUUUCGCAUGGAGCAGGCAAUAAAACAACAAUGAUGUGAAUUGAGAAGAAAAACUUGUAUGAACAAUCAUCGAUCUCAGUAUGGUUACCUCACCAUGCAACUUACCUUUUAAAAACGGCUAGUUAACAAGAAUAAGCGAUACGCUCCUGGCUAUUAUUUUCAAACGCAGUUGAUAAAUAUAUCAGACAGUUUACGAAAUCUUCAUGCAAAAAGCUCUUGAAGGUUACUUACAAUUUCCAACUUAUAAGUUGACUUAUAAAUUAUUGCACAAACUGUCUAUUUAGUAUCAAACACUCUACAGUCUCCCUAUACAAAUGAAGUAACAGAUUUAAUAGUUCAGUAACUAAAUGCUUGCCGUUUUUAAAAAUUAACACGUGAUGGUGUGUGACGACUAUAAACUUAUUUUUUUUCUACCUUUCAAUUGUUUCGUCUGUUAAGUGGUGCCAGCGACAAUCGGGAAGGUGUGAGUGCAUGCAUAAUGUAUAUAGUCUACCUUAAAGCCGUUGAUGAUCUAUGAUUUUGUGCAACUGAACUUUUACACAGAAAUUUUUAACUUUUUCGUUCUGUUUCGUUAACCUUUUUGUUUAAAUGAGAGUGCAAUAAUGUUCAAUCUAUCGGGUAAAGUGCGAUCGAUUCUUUCUAUUUUUGUUUUUCCUUUUUUUUAAUUGAGAAAUUUGUUGGUUAUAUUUGAAAAAAAAAAAUGGGUGUAAAUUCUCCAAUUGACCAAACGCAAUGGCUAAAAAAUGGUUUAGCAUCGGAUGAUUUGAUUGGCUUUAAACGAGAUAUCAAAAAAAUAGUAAUGAAAAUACAAUUCUGAUUGGAAAAUGUUCAUUAUUAUUGUACCGUGUGUUAAGUCAGUGUUUUGUUUUUCGAUUAUUUUUUAUUUCCGUCAUGUACAUAGGAUUAAUCCCAAGCGACGUAAUUAUUUAUUUAUUUUUAAGGACAAAUUAAAUGUUGAACAGAGAUUUAUUAGGCAUGAGAAGGACAAAAGCAAACUCGUUGUUGUUGUUUGUUGUCUUUAUUCGUCUUUGUAUACAAAAACGCGCACAGUACUAAAUUAUAUUAUUUAUCAUUUGGCUAUGUAAUAUCCUAAUUAUUAAGUAAUCAGUUUGGGGAUAAGUUUAGCAUUGUAGAGUUUAAAUUUAAUCAAAAAAAAUAUAAAGAAAACGAAAGAAUGAUAAAA